AUGCCUUCGGGUCAAAUAGAGGCACCAUUGACCAACGGUCAGGAUGGCCACGCUCAUUCAGCGCCUGCUCCUGGGAAGAAGGGGAAGGCGAAGAAGGCGAUUGAUUCGUCCGAAGCUUCGCGGCUGCUUCAGGCCCGUAUCUCUCAGCUAGAGCAGGAUGCCGCUGGAGAAAAGGACCAGGAGCUCGAAAUCGAACGAGAAGUCAAGAGAGCCAAUCGAGAUUUGAUGCAACAGGUCGCCAAAAUGGACGAUAUGCAGAAGAUCGAUCACCUGACAAAACGCUCCAGCGAACUUUUGGCCGACAUGCGACGCCUGGAAAAGGAAAACCAGAAGAACAAGAAGCGUGGUGAUACCUUGCAAAAGGAACGAGAUACUGGCCGAACGGAACUUGGCAAGACGGUCGGAUUGAAGGAGAAACUCGAGAAAUUAUGCCGGGAACUGCAACGGGAUAACAACAAGAUGAAGAAUGAGAACAAAGAACUACAGACUACGCAGAAGCGGAAUAACGGCGCCUGGGAUGAGAAAUACGCCACGCUAUUGUCCAAACUGGAGGGUUACCAAGAAGAGAAGGACACCCCACGAAAACAGGUAGUCGACAUGGAAGUGGACGAACUAUUUCGUGUCCGAUUCAAGUCAUUUAUCGAGCAAUACGAACUGCGUGAGCUCCAUUUUCAUUCCCUCAUGCGGACAAAGGAACUGGAGGUUCAAUAUCACCAAUCGCGAUACGAACGAGAAAAGAAGAACGCAGAGGCCGAAUCCAGCAAGGCUCGCCAUCUGCAGGCCCAAGUCCAGGCUUUCACAAAGACUGAGACGGAGCUUCGAAACCAGUUGAACGUCUACGUUGAUAAGUUCAAACAGGUUGAGGACACUCUAAACAACAGCAAUGACUUAUUCCUAUCAUUCCGAAAGGAGAUGGAGGACAUGUCCAAAAAGGGCAAGCGGCUGGAAAAGGAGAACGAGGCUCUCAAGAGGCAAAAAGAAGCCACAGCAGCGAAUAUUAUCCGCAUGGCCGAGGAGCGUCAGGGUUGGAAGAAACAAUUGGAUUCGGCCGACAAAAAGGUCGAGAAACUCAUGAGCAUCAUCCAACAAAUGCAACAACAGGGGCGGAAAGCCCCGCCAGAGCUGGCCAGUGUCAUGGAAAGCACAUAUUCAGAUAAUAACCAAGGCGGAGCUGAGGGCGAUGACGAGAGUGAUUAUUCCAACGAAGGUGAAGACGAAGAACUUAGCGAGUUCGACGACGACACCGAGGAGGAAGCUCAGCCUGUGGUGAAACAAACGGUGCCAGUAACGUACGGACCAGAACGACCGCCAGCGCCGGCCCAGCAGCAAGCGGCUGUAACUACCAACGGACACUAG